AUGACGAUGAAUUUUGGCAACAUGACCCUUGGGGGUGCUACGGCAACCUUUGGGGGUCAAUCAAAUCCCAUGUGCAACUAUACGAGUCCUCUUGCCAAGAAAUUUGUGUACAAAGAGUUGGGUAAGGUUUACUAUCCUCUCCGACGUCAUGUUUUUCGUCUUAAAGUGAGGACAGCUGCUGAAAUUCGUUUUCAUGAUAUUGUUAAGAAGUAUAUGAAGGAUAAAAUGAGCUUUAAAAAGGGAUGUUAUGCUGCCACUAUUACAAAUACGGUGGAAUUGGAUCAUAUGGGAAGUAUUAUCCCAAAAGAUGAAUACGAGGUCCGCCGACUUACGAGUUACAUGACGAGCAAAAAGAUGAGUAAUGAUUAUAAAAAACAUAUUCAGGAAUUAUGGACCAGAGUUUUGUUUGUCUGUGAAUCCACGAAUCUUGUUGGUGUAACCGAAAAUGCCAUGCAUCAGAAUUCUCGUCCAGGUACUGAUGAAGAGUUUAUGGCACUUAUUUGGUAUUCAACAUUUGCUUCCACACUGGGAGCAUUUAUCAUUACUCUUGGUGUCUGGUGGUACAGGUACGGCCAGGCUCCACAAUACGCGGAGUUUAAGUAA